CCCCCGGUGCUGGCCUCCACCACGGGCGGCCGCGUCCGGGGCCUGCUGGUGGCGGCGGUGGCCGGCCCGGUGGCCGCCUUCCUGGGCAUCCCCUACGCCGAGCCCCCCCUGGGCCCCCUCCGCUUCCAGCCCCCGCGCCCGGCCCGGCCCUGGCGGGGGGUCCUGGAGGCCACGGCCCACCCCCGCGCCUGCUUCCAGCCGGUGGACACCAUGUUCCCCGGCUUCGGCGGCUCCGAGAUGUGGAACCCCAACCGCGAGAUGAGCGAGGACUGCCUCUACCUCAACGUCUGGCGCCCGCAGCCCCCUCCCCGCGCCGCCCCCGUCCUGGUCUGGAUCUACGGGGGGGGCUUCUACAGCGGCGCCGCCUCGCUGGACGUCUACGACGGCCGCUACCUGGCGGAGGCCGAGGGGGUGGUGGUGGUCUCCAUGAAUUACCGCCUGGGCGCCCUGGGCUUCCUGGCCCUCCCCGGGCACCCCGAGGCCCCCGGCAACGCGGGGCUGCUGGACCAGCGCCUGGCCCUGCGCUGGGUGCGCGCCAACGCCGCGGCCUUCGGCGGCGACCCCGAGGCCGUCACCCUCUUCGGGGAGAGCGCCGGGGCGGCCUCGGCCGGCCUCCACCUGCUGUCCCCCGGCAGCCGCCCCCUGUUCCGCCGCGCCGUCCUGCAGAGCGGGUCCCCCAACGGGCCCUGGGCCACCGUGGGGGCGGCCGAGGGCCGGCGGCGGGCGGCCGCCCUGGGGCGCUCGCUGGGGUGCGCGGGGGCCGAGGCCAACGAGACGGAGCUGCUGGGCUGCCUGCGCCGCGCGGCGCCGCCCGAGCUGGUGGCCCACGAGGCCGCCGUCCUGCCCCAGCAGGGGGUCUUCCGCUUCGCCUUCGUGCCCGUGGUGGACGGGGACUUCCUGGAGGACAGCCCCGAGGCGCUGCUGGCCGGCGAGGGGAGGCCGGCGGCGGAGGCCGAGGUGCUGCUGGGGGCGGUGCGGGACGAGGGCAGCUACUUCUUGGUGUACGGCGUGCCGGGCUUCGGCAAGGACAACGAGAGCCUGAUCAGCCGGGAGGAGUUCCUGGGGGGGGUGCGCCUGGGGGUCCCGCAGGCCACCGAGCUGGCGGCGGAGGCGGUGGUGCUGCACUACACCGACUGGCUGGACCAGGACAACCCGGUGAAGAACCGCGAGGCGCUGGACGACAUCGUGGGCGACCACAACGUGGUGUGUCCCCUGAUGCACUUCGCCCAGCGCUGGGCCGAGCGCGGCGGCGCCGUCUUCGCCUACCUCUUCGACCACCGGGCCUCCAACCUGCCCUGGCCACCCUGGAUGGGGGUCCCGCACGGCUACGAGAUCGAGUUCGUCUUCGGGCAGCCGCUGAAGGCCGGGCUCAACUACACGGCCAAGGAGCAGGAGCUGAGCCGCAGGAUCAUGCGCUACUGGGGGAACUUCGCCCGCACCGGGUAGGCGGGGAGGGGUCGGGGGGGGGGGGG